AUGAAGAAGGAAGAAUAUUUACCGUCUUCGUUAUCUAUCUAUCUAUCUAUCUAUCUAUCUAUGUCAGUAUAUUCAUAUUCAAGAAUAACAUUGCUUUCUAUCUAUGUCAGUAUAUUCAUAUUCAAGGAUAUACAUAGCUAUCUAUCUACUUAUCUAUCUAUCUAUCUUUCUAUAUCAAUAUAUUCAUAUUCAAGAAUAUACAUAUCUAUCUAUCUAUCUAUCUAUCUAUCUAUCUAUGUCAGUAUAUUCAUAUUCAAGAAUAUACAUAGCUAUCUAUCUAUCCAUCUAUGUUCAUAUUCAAGAAUAUAUCUACUAUCUAUCUAUCUAUCUAUCUAUCUAUCUAUCUAUCUAUCUAUCUAUCUAUAUAUAUAUAUAUAUAUAUAUAUAUAUAUAUAUAUAUCAGCAUAUUCAUAUUCAAAAAAUAUGCAUAUCUAUCUAUCUAUGUAUUUAUCUAAUUAUUUAUCUAUGUCAGUAUAUUCAUAUUCUAGAAUAUACAUAUCUAUCUGUCUAUCUAUCUAUCUAUCUAUCUAUCUAUCUAUAUCUAUCUAUCUCACUAAUAAAAGUUUUCUUUGGUCUUCUUCUUCUUCUUCUUCUUCUUCUUCUUCUUCUUUCUAUUUAAUCUGUUCUUUCUCUUUCUUCUUCUUCUUCUCUUUUACUUCUUUUUCUUCUUUUCUUUUUUCUUCUUUCUUCCACUUCUCUUUCUCUUUUUUCUUCUUCCCAUUCUUUUUCUUCUCUUUCUUCUUUUUCUUCUCUUUCUUCUUUUUCUUCUUUUCCUUCUCUUCUUCUUCCCAUUCUUUUCCUUCUCUUCUCUCUUUUUUCUUCUUUUCCACCUCUUUGUUGUUGUUCUUCUUCUCAUUCUUCUUCUUCUUCUUCUUCUUCUUAUUAUUAUUAUUAUUAUUAUUAUUUUAUUCUCUUUCUUCCUCCUCUUCGACUUCUCGUCUUUCUUAUUUCCACAUCUUCUCUCUCUUCUUCUUUUUCUUCUUCUUGUCUCCUUUUUUUCUUCUACUUUUCUUCAUAUCCUCCUCUUUUUUCCUCUUGUUCUUUUUCUCUCUGCCCUGUCCCUUCAGGACGUGGGCGAUCGCAUCUCUGUUCAUUUUCAUGUUUUUGCAGCUCAUAAUAAAUGUUAUCUUCUUGGUCUUCUUCUUUAUCUACCGUCUCCCUACAUGA